UUUCUCUCCUCAGCUCCUGAGUCCACACCCCAGCCUGGAGGGAAUAUGAAACCAGUGAGGAAGGCUGCUGGCUCCUCCUCCUCCUGUAGCAGCAGCAGCAGCAGCAGCAGCAGCCGCUCCCACCCUCCACCCGGGCGGCCAAGCCCAGAAGCGCAAGGCCACUGAGGAGGAGCCAAGCCCGAAGAAGGAGCAGGGGAGGAGUCUCUAGAUCGCCCUGCCUUUCCAGGUGCCCGGUGCCUGCAACCACAGAUGGAUCCUGGCCUGCAGGAGUUGGCAGGGAUGCCCAAGGACCCCUACAAGCUUCCCGAGGGGGACAGGGACCCAGGGACUGAGGCCUGCGGGGUGGAAGCCUCCCUGAACCGCAAGACGGCCACUUUCAAGUCGCGGGCGCCCUGCAGGAAGUGCCCGGGGGGCGACGAGUCGAACGGCAGCGAAGGCGCGGCUGGGCCCGCCGAGGACGAGCCAGCGCUGCCCUCGUCCAGCACCGACACCGCCAGCGAGCACUCUGCGGACGAGAAUGACAAGGGGGCGGGGGACGCCUGGGCCACGGCCCCGAGCGGAUACGACCUGCGGCAGCUGCGCUCACAGCGGGUGCUGGCCCGGCGCGAAGGGCUCUUUCAGCCAGCCAUAGUGAAGCAGAUCCGCCGUGGGCAGGACUUGGGGGUGCAGUUUGUGGGCGACCGCGUCACGGCGUACUAUGAAGGGGCUCUGGGCUCCGUGGCGGUGGACGUGGUCCUGGACGCCACGCCUCCUCCAGGGGCCUUGGCGGUUGGCACACCGGUCUGCGCUUGCGCGGACCCCGAGGAGACGGCCUACCGGGAAGGCACCGUCGUCGAGGUGAGCACCAAGCCGGCUUCCUACAAAGUUCGCUUCACCCACCCCGUUGUCCUCCCCGGCACUGCGGCAGCCCGCAAAGACUCUGCCUGGGCACGCUCGGCCCUGCGCCUCUUGCGCCCGCCGUGGAGCUGCGAAGCUGCCCCCGAGGACAGCAAACCACCCGAAAAGUCGCCUCCGUUGCCAGAAGAGGAGAAGGUCGCCCUGGCCCUCCCGUGUCCAGACCCGAAACAACCAGAAGAUGCCGAAGUCUCCAAGAUCAGCGCCUGCUUGCGGGCAGAGGAGAAGUCCGUGGUGGUGCAGCCCCAGAUCCUGUCCCCGCCCAAGUCACCCGGCUUCCCUCGCCUCCCUGAGCAGCCAUCCCCGCUGCUGAGCCCGGAUGCGAGCGGGAGCCGCAGCAGCAGCGUCAUGUCAGUGGAAUGCAGCACCCCGGGCUCGUCCCGCUCCCGGACGCCCCUCACGGCCCAGCAGAAGUACAAGAAGGGGACGUGGCUGUGCACGCCCAACGGCAUCCGCAGAUUCAACGGGAAGCAGUGGCGGCGGCUGUGCUCCCGGGGAGGGCUGCAUGAAGGGUCGCAGCGGCGCGGAUGAGGAUUACUGCUCACGCAUCUCCUCAUGCGCACCAAGGAGAUGGAGAGCCUCUGAGGGCGGGCCAGUGGGCUGCGGGAGGGCAGCGCUGAAUGAUGGGAUGACACCUCGCGGGACAGUGAGGCCAGCAGUGCGCGGGGGACUCUCGGCCCCGCAUGUGCCCCCGCUGACUUGUCCCGCUUCGAGUUCGAUGAGUGCGAAGCGGCUGUCAUGCUGGUCUCCCUGGGCAGCUCUCGCUCGGGCACCUCUUCCUUCUCACCCGUCUCCAACCAGUCUCCCUUCUCACCAGCACCCUCUCCCUAUCCCUCACCCCUCUUCGGCUUCCGCCCGGCCAACUUCAGCCCCAUCAAUGCCUCACCCGUCAUCCAGAGGGCCGCCGCCCGCAGCCGCCACGUGAGCGCCAGCACGCCAAAGGGUGUCGGCGGCGCCGUGCUGAGCCCUGAGAUGCUGCACCACGCGGCCCCCCGCGAGCGCCACCACUCGGGCAUCACCUUCCAGACCAACCUCACUUUCACCGUGCCCAGCCCCAGCAAGCGGAAAGCCGGGGACUCGCACCACAGCAGCACAGGCUCGGCGGCCGACUUCCACCAGAACGAGAGCCUCGACUCGGGCGUCGAGUCCGUCUCGCACACGCCCACUCCCUCCACACCGGCUGGCUUCCCCGUGUCGCCCGCUGGGGCGGGGCCCUUCUCCUCCCGCUCCCAACAGGCUUCCCCGCUCUUGCUGGCACCGCCGGCCGGACUGACCUCUGACCCCAGCCCCACCGUGCGCAGGGUUCCCGCCGUGCAGAGGGACUCGCCCGUCAUCGUGCGCAAUCCCGAUGUGCCGCUGCCCUCCAAGUUCACCGAAAAGCCCCUGAGGGGAGGGUGGCGCCCGCGGGCUGGGAAGGCCGGCUCCAAGGAGCACCUGUCGGGCAAGGGGCAGCUGCAGAUGCCGGUGCCCAUCACGUGGCCGGACUCUGCCUUCCAGGCCAACCCUGCGUGGUUUCCGCCUCCGAGCAGGCCCCCCCCCAUCUUCAGCGUCUCCUCCCCCUUCCAGCCGGUCGCCUUCCAUCCUUCUCCUGCAGCCCUCCUGCCUGUCAUCGUCCCUGGAGAGUACACCAGCACCCCCACGCCCAAGAAGGAGAUAAUCAUGGGAAGGCCUGGGACAGUGUGGACAAAUGUGGAGCCACGGUCUGUGGCUGUAUUCCCGUGGCACUCCCUUGUGCCCUUCCUGGCUCCCAGCCAGCCCGAUUCCUCCGUGCAGCCGACCGAAGGCCAGCAGCCUGUCAGCCACCCGUCUACAUCCAAUCAGAACAAAGAACCUCCAGAAUCAGCUGCAGUGGCCCAUGAGCUCCCCGGCGUGUCUUCAGGGGCCGAAGCAGGGAGGCCAAACACUUUGCACCCUGACAGCCCGACUCCAGUUUCCCAGCCAUCAGCGGCAACUCCUGGAGGGAGCGGAGGGCCAGCCCAGCACGAAGACGAUGUCCCAGGGCACUCGCGCCUGGACAGCGAGACAGAGAGCGAUCAUGAUGAUGCGUUCCUGUCCGUUGUAUCUUCUGAGAUGCAACUCCCACUGCUGCCGGGCAAGCGUCGUACCCAGUCAUUGAGUGCUCUGCCCAAAGACCGAGAUUCAUCUUCCGAGAAGGAUGGGCGCAGUCCUAACAAGAGAGAAAAAGAUCACAUCCGGCGGCCUAUGAAUGCUUUCAUGAUCUUCAGCAAGCGACACCGGGCCCUGGUGCACCAACGGCACCCCAACCAAGACAACCGUACUGUCAGCAAGAUCCUAGGCGAGUGGUGGUACGCGCUGGGGCCCAAGGAGAAACAGAAGUACCACGACCUGGCCUUCCAGGUGAAGGAAGCCCAUUUCAAAGCUCACCCUGACUGGAAGUGGUGUAACAAAGAUCGGAAGAAGUCUAGCUCAGACGUGAAGCCCGUGGGGCCAGGGGGAUGCUCCAAGGAGACCCGAGAGCGCAGCAUGUCUGAGACGGGUACCGCUGCUGUGCCAGGAGGCCCUUCUGAGAUGCAGGUGCUGCUGGGGACAGAGGGCAAAGCAGGAAUGGUAGGAUCCGGCCACGGCCAUGGGGAGCGGAUCCUGCCCUCAGCGGGGCCUGGCUCGCAGCGCCCCCGAGCCUUCUCCCACAGUGGGGUGCAUGGGAUGGAGAGCGACCGUGACAGCCAGGUGCUGCAGGAGCUCACCCAGAUGUGCUCAGGACAGUCUCUGUACAUCGGUGGGAAGGGGCAGUUCGGGGGGCUGGGCCCUUCGGGGUCCCCAUUUGCAACCCCAGGCGAAGGCCCCAGGCACUCCCUGCACCUGCACCCCUCCCGUGCCUCCCGUUCCCAGCGCACAACCAGCGAGGACAUGACCAGUGACGAGGAGCGAAUGGUCAUCUGUGAAGAGGAGGGUGAUGACGACGUCAUUGCUGAGGAUGGGUUCAACCCUGCUGAUGUUGACCUCAAAUGCAAGGAACGAGUGACGGACAGCGACAGCGAGGGGUCCUUGGGGGAUGAAUCUGACAACAAGGACUUUGGGCGGAAGCUCUUCUCCCCGGUGAUCCGCUCGGCUGCGCUGCCUCCUUCCUCUGGUGCCUUUGCUCCCUGCCGCCCGCCACCCCCUCUGGACUUGGAGCCACCCCCGCCUCCUCACGGCCUCGACCAGCAGCCCCCUCCCAAGACGUAUGGCUCCUUCCAGCUGGCACCCAGCACCUUCAAGGCCCAAGAAUCCAGAGGAGGGGUCCGCCCUCACAACACCCCAGCCAAGCGCCUGGAGCCGCGCUUUGAAUCGGCGGCGGCCACUUACCGGCGGAAGCGGGCAGAAAGUGCUGGAGGGGGCUCCCAGGCAGCAGCCACGGAGUCUGCGAUGGCCCCCCUGGCCGCCCCUACUCACUCGGUCAUCUCUCCGCCUGGUGGAAUGUUUCAGGCCGUGGUGCUCUCCGAUUCCGCCCGCUUGUCCUCGGGCACCGUGCUGGUGACGGCCCCGUCCAUGAGUGCCCCGAAUGUGGGAGUGAUCGGCUACAGCGGCGCGCCCAGCCUGGUCCGCACGGCCUCCACCGUCGUCACCAACGUGGUCAAACCAGUUAGCAGCACCCCGGUGCCCAUCGCCAGCAAGCCCUUCCCGCGCGGGUCAGGGGAGGGGCUCCCGCUGCUCAGCCCCCCUCCCUCGGACGGGGCCACGAAGGCGGAAGGGAUUUCUGUGGGGCGCCUCGGCCUCCUUUACACCGACAAGAAGACUCAGCCGCCCUCGGCGAUGCCCGGGAUCCAAGCCACAUCGCCUCACCUUGUAGCUGGCCCUCUCAUUGGGCAAGGCUUGACCGCUGUGGGGAAGGGGCCUGCCAACCAGGGCAGCGUGGUGACCAACCUCCUUGUGGGAGCUCAAGGCUACGGGCAAGCGGGCAGCGCGGGAGGGGCUGCCGUUCCGGUGACUGUCUUGCCCCCCGGCGCCAUCGCACAGCAGCCGUCGGUGCAGUUCAUCACGCAGAAUCCGUCUGGGCCCGGGCAGAAUGGCCCAGUGCCGCUCAGCAUCCUGCAGCCUCAAGGCAUCCUCUCGGGGGCAGCGGGCAAGGCGGGCGGCAUCACUCAGGUGCAGUACAUCCUGCCCACCUUGCCUCAGCAGCUGCAGGUGGCCGGGGGAAAGGUGCAGGCGGGAGCAGGUGCUCCUGGAGCUGCCAGCAUCCAUUUCACUCUUCCGCCAGCCAACGGGAAGGUGAUCGCCACGCCCCAAGCCAUCCCCAUCAUCCAGCCUGCUCCAGGAAGUGGCAACAGCAAUGUCACCGUCAUGUCCUCAGCACCCAAAGUUCAGUCAGUGUCUCCAGUUCAAGCUCCAUCUCCCGGCACUUCAACCCACCUCGUGUCUGGGCAGGUGGUGCCCCCUGCUGGGCUCCAGGUACAAGGCAAGGUCCUGGUGCCCAUGGCACCCCCACAGGUGACGGUGCGCACCUCCACUGCCACCCAGCUGCCUCUGGUGACCCCACCUUUCCCCGUCCCGGUGCAGAACGGGAGCCAGCCAGCCAGCAAGAUCAUCCAGCUCACCCCGGUGCCCGUGGUUCAACCCCAGCCCUCCUCGCAAAGCAGCGCCACCUUGGUUCCACCCCUUAGCCCAGCUGCUCUCCAAGGCACUGUGGCCACUGCCGUCAUGGGCUCCCCGAGCCAAACCCAGAAAGUCCUCUUGCCCUCCUCCACCAGGAUCACCUAUGUGCAGUCAACAGCUGGGCACCCCCUCUCCCUGGGCACCUCGGCCUCCCACACACAGCCCAGCGCCCCUCCAGCCACACCUGCCACAACCUACGUUCAGUCCCCAGUGGGCCCUGCCCCCAUGGCACUGGGUUUCACAGCCAUCGGGCCGAAUGGGCAGGCCAUAGUGCAGCCGCUGCUCUCAGGUCAGAACCCUCUGCUGGCUCCAGGGCAAGUGGUGUCCCCACUGCAGAGCCCCCAGCUCCCGGCGUCCUGCGCCGGACAAGGGCAGGUCAUCACUGCCAUCUACCCCAGCCCCACGGGGACCAGUCCUGCUCAGCCCGCCAGCCACGGUGUGGUCUACACGGUAGCAGCCACAAGCACCGUCACAGUCUCCUCUCCCACAGCCAUCCUGCCCAAGGGGGGCAGCAACACUCAGAACCAAGGGGGGCCCAGCCAGGGCCUGAUUUCCACAGCUACCCCUGCCGCUCCUCCAACGGUUCCCCGACCUCAGCGGCCACCGCUCAAGCCCCUCCAGAAGGUGAAGGCCACGAUCGCUAGCAUCCCGGUCGGCUCUUAUGAAUCCUCCCCCUCACCGGGUCCAGCCCGGCCCCCCGGAGGGCAGCAGCAGGAGCCCGGAGGGUCGCGAUGCCACCGGGAGGCCGAAGCCACGGGAGAAGCCCGGAAUUUGCGGGAGGCGGGACCCCAGGAGCCGCCCCUCUCCCCCGUGUGCCGGGGCAGCGAACAGAACCCCCCGCCCAAAGCCCAGGAUCUGAAGCGGGAGUCCUGGGAGCCGGUGUCGCCCCCGUCUCCCCAGCAACCGCAGGUCACGGAGGCGGCGCCCGCGGAAAUCUGGAGCCAGCGGGAGGCAGGAGCCGGCGAAGAGAGAGCGGUCCGUGACCCUCCACUGAGCAGCAAAGGGACUGAGACGGCCCUCAAGUUCUCCCCUUCCCCGGACUGGAGAACGGCCGGUGCUGAAGGCCGCUGCGAAGCGUCUGCCCCAUCCGCAGGCCCACUGACUUCCUCGCUCAGCCCCGGCCCUUCGAGCUCUACAGAGGCCCCUAGAGGAGGCCCCUCAACCCUUGCUCCAGCAGCAGCAGCAGCCUCCGCCUCCACAUCCGAAGCAGGGCCCGAGCAGAAGGAGGUCCCCAUGGGGAAGAAAGUCAAGGUCCGGCCUCCUCCGCUGAAGAAAACCUUUGACUCUGUCGACAACAGGGUUCUGUCGGAGGUAGAUUUCGAGGAGCGCUUUGCCGAGCUGCCUGAAUUCAAGCCCGAGGAGGUGCUGCCCUCGCCCACCCUGCAGUCGCUUGCCACCUCGCCCCGCGCCAUCCUCGGCAGCUACCGGAAGAAGCGCAAGAACUCCACCGACCUGGACUCCUCUACGGAGGACCCCAUCUCCCCCAAGCGGAAGAUCCGGCGCCGCUCCAGCUGCAGUUCAGAGCCCAACACUCCCAAGAGUGCCAAGUGUGAAGGAGACAUCUUCACCUUUGACAAACCAGGCACAGACACGGAAGACGUACUCGGGGAGCUGGAAUACGAGAAGGUGCCGUACUCUUCACUCCGGCGUACCUUGGACCAGAGGAGGGCUCUGGUCAUGCAGCUCUUCCAGGAUCAUGGCUUCUUCCCGUCAGCCCAAGCCACUGCAGCUUUCCAGGCCCGCUACUCCGACAUAUUCCCCACCAAGGUCUGCUUGCAGCUCAAGAUCCGGGAAGUGCGGCAGAAGAUCAUGCAGGCGGCCACCCCGACGGAGCAGGCCCCGAGCACACCAGAGCCCGGAGGCCCCGCCAGCCAGGGCGGCGCUGCGGAAGCGGGCCAGCCUCUGGAGAUGACCAUGGCGCAGGACUGUGCGCAAGGAGCAGAGGCCACCUCUGCUGCCGCCGCAGCAAGUACCCCCCUUCCUACCACAGCUGCCGGUUGGGACUGUAACCAGCAGCCUUCCCCAGGAGGCAGCGGCAGCGGAGGCAACACCAGCAGCAGAUGAACAGCCAUGAGCAGAGAGUAACAGCCUUGUGGAAAAGGAGGGGGUGGAUAUUGGAGCUUUGCCCCCCCCCCACCCGCUGACAUCUCUGUUCGUCACUCCUGCCCUCCUUCCCAUGCUAACUGCUUCCCCCAUUUUCUGUGCCCCUGCUCAGGGACUGGAAGGGGGGGAGGCAGCUGUCCUUCCUAUGCAGACUCUUCCCCUUUCUUCUUGGCACUCAUCUCCAGCCAGUCUGCUCCAAGGGAAGGGCUCUGGACUGCUGCCAGCCCCUCCGCUUCCCCCUCCAUCCCAGGACUCAAGUGGUGGUGCUGAAAAACCAUUCCAGGACACACGCCUUGCUCUCUCUCUCUCUUUCUCUCAUUGCAGCGGAGACCGGCGACGGGGCUGAGUUGGGGGAGUUUUACAAAGGGCCUUGAGCGAUGGACCCGUGCGAGGUGUCGGGUUCUAAUUUCAACGCCCCUCCCCACCCUUUUAAUAAUGUUAAAUAUUUUGGGAACCCACAUAUUUGUUGCUUCUGUGUCCGUAACUGGGGUGGAGGGGAGAGUCUUUCCCCACAGACACACACACACACACACAGCUGCAAGGGGUCGGGCGGGGAGUUUGUGGCCUUGCAUCCUGGACAGGUUAUUGCUUCUGUCGCUGGAGGCAAGGAAGAAGAAAGCACACCCAGACCGCUGCUGGGAUCAGUUGACUAUGACGCCUGCUUCUCUUGACCCGUCAAGGCUCUGCGUUGGCAACGAGAUGGUGGGAAGAGGGCGUUAUUUGGGGGAGAGACUGCAAACAGACCAGCCUAUGUCUGGACAGGAGGUGAAGAGGGGUUUCUGCGAGUGAGGGGCUGACCCAGCACUCAAAGAAGCAAGAGAGCAGGUGUGGGUAGCUGGGGGGCUCCCCCCCCCCGAGCGUGAGUGCCCUGGCGGCCCCACGUCACAUGUUGACCAUGUGUGUAACCCCUUCUGUAUUGGGGUGCUCCCACCUCACAUGCUAUUAAAGCUCUUUAACAAUC